GCGGUAGUGUGAGCUGUGGACAUGUGCUAACAGGAGGGAUUUUGACUUCGCUUUUUUCAGUACAGUCUGUCCAAGCUGCGUUGCCGUACUCGAUUAUAGCAUGGCUGCCUCUACGAUGUGCACGGCUUGGGUAUCUAGUAUUACCCGAAAACACUGUUAUGAUGUAUUUGGGAUCAUCCGGAGCCCCCUUUUCCGAGGGGCUAGUUAUUCUACAGCUCUAUCAGUCCCCACUAACAAAGAUGUUAUGACAAGAGGAAACAGAUCAACCAUGAGUAGAAGACCAAGAAGAGAGCCUGCUGCUCCUAGGACUGACAAGAUGACAGUGGACCAGGACUGGAGUAGUGUGUACCCGACCGCCGCUUCAUUUAAACCCAGCACAGUGCCUCUGCCCAUUCGCAUGGGCUAUCCUGUGAAGAGGGGCGUGCCACUAGAGAAGAAGGGGAACCUUGAGCUAAUCAAGAUUCCAAAUUUCUUGCACCUCACACCAGCAGCAAUUAAGAAGCAGUGUGCAGCACUAAAUGUCUUCUGCACUAAGUGGCCAGAGACACUAGACAGUGAAGCCAAGUGUGAGCAGCACUUCCCCAUCCAAGUGAAGAUGACCGACUUUGUGUUUGCAGGACCCUCUGUGAGAAACCCAAAGGCAAGAGUCACUACCCUCACUGUUAAAGUCUCCAGUUUGAACUUGGAUGACCAUGGAAGAAAGAAGCUGAUUAAACUUGCAGGAGAGAGGCACAACAAGGAGACAGAUAUGCUUACCUUCACAGCAGACAGGUGCCCACUGAGGAGGCAGAACUACGAUUAUGCAAUGUAUCUCCUUACUGUAUUAUAUCAUGAAUCAUCGAAACAUGAGCCCUGGGAGAAGGAGAAGACAGAGGCAGACAUGGAGGAGUAUCUAUGGGAGAGCAGCACCUCUGAGAGAAACGCAGUGGAGACACUGCUUCGCAUGAAGGGGUCUGAGGACGGCUCCGCUCCAAGAGAGGAGCUGCUGAGCUCCAGGCCCAUGCAGGAAUACAGAAACUCUGUUACCAACUUGAAGAAUGCAGGGGAGAGCGAAAGCACCCUUCUCCAGUACAAGCAGUCCGUCAAGAACCUGCUCAACUUGUAAUCUGCAGCACAGAAAGGACUUCUUCUUGGCUAAAAAAGCAAAGUAAUGUUUGUACGCAUUUCUCAACUAACUAGAAACAAAGGCAGUGUUUAUGUAUUUGACUCGUUUUCUUCUCAAUUUCCAGUUAGAAUUUCGCCUCACCACUGCAACCCCAUACUGACACAAUGUGCAACCGCUGUCCCACCUGUCUUACCAAGCACGCUCUGGCCAACACAUUAUGUUGUUUACACAUCUAUUGUAUUCCAACUGCAACAGUUUGUUAAUAAAAUGUUCUGGGGCUUCAGUGAC